AUGUCGACCGCCGAAUCGUCCUCAGCGGCCGCUGCUAGGGAUCCUGACAGAAUCGCACCUGCGGAGUACUUCGCACCUCCGGCUUUCCAUACGGCUCUACCGGCGGCAUAUGCGGGGAAGAAUGUACCAACGCCUCCUGCGGUGGUGGAAUUCUACGCUCCGGCGGCAUCUACGACGCGCAGAUGGAACGGCAGACUCUCAGCCCAAGCACAGGCGGGGCCGACUCGAUGGAAGCGGAGGAAACGGUUCGGUUUGAUGAUUCUGGUGAUCGCCCUCCUGGCUGGUAUCACAGUCGGCAUUACCGUUGGUAUUACUUCGCGUAAAAGUCGCUCUGGCUCGGAGGAAUCGACGGAAGAUCCUAGGAUCAAGGAGGAACACAGAAUGCCGGAAGAUUCUGCACUCGCCAGCGCAGGGCUAGAUCUGUAUUACCAGGUGGCCAGCGGGAAGAUCAUUCAGAGGGCACUGUCGUCGGAUUAUUUAUCCGAGAACUGCACCCGUGAGCUUCCUCUCUCCGUGCCGGCGAAAAGCGGGACUCCUCUGGCAGCACUAGAAUGGGGGGCGGAUACAUAUGUGUUCUACAUCUCGGGAGACGACCGCAUCCAAGAGCUAAAAAUCACGUCCGAAGAAAACGACUGGCAUCUCGGUCCACUCUCAUCUCUCGAUAUCAUUGUACAUCCACAGUCCCAGCUGGCAGCGAUGCCGUACCCCGUUGGCAAGAUUUCCCAACUACGUCUCUACGCGCAACUCCCCUACGGUACUCUCCAAGAGUUUAACUUCAACCGCGGCAGUGACAGCCACCCCGCAUCCGGCAACUGGAGUGUCAUUACCCCCGUUGAACCACUUCCAAGAGCAAUACCAGGGUCCGGACUUGCUGCGGUGACAUACGACGAUAGAGAGUAUUUCGAUAACCAGAUCAGAUUGUAUUAUCAGGCCGAGGACGAACGACUGGACGAGCAUUGUUGGCCGGAAACGCUAUUCGUUAACAUCAACGAUACGAAAUGGGACAGACCCGAGUACGAGAAGUGGAUUGAAUCAGAGGUACCACACACGGAACGGCGAACAAUCAUGGUCACCAGCCAAGCCGGCAAAGAGGACGAGAUCAAGAUCUUAAAAUGGGACGGCUCGACAUGGACGGAGCAGCCGCUACCCAGCAAUCCGGACUACAAACCGAUGGCAAAGAACGGAAAGCUUUCGGUAGCAGAUCCUAUCGAGUUCUACAGAGGGACGAAGGAAGUGAUAAACCUAAUGAAUGGAAACGAAGAAAGCGGGACCAGCAGCGACCCCGACUCACCGCAAAACCUUACAUGGCUGGCGGGGUCCGGCCAAGGGCUGGUGACGAAUUGGGGAGCUUGUGUAUACUUGAUCCCGAACGAUACCUGUAGCCUAAGGGAAGGAUAA